CAGAAAGUUGCUGAGCUAAGACACUUGGCAUUCUCAGGGAUGGCACUCUCGCGGCUUCGGCACCCUUUGAUUUCUCGGGCUCCUUCUCUUCUUAAGGCUCGCCUUCUUUCUUCAUCAUAUGCCUCCUCCAGAUCCCUAUAUGGAACUUCUAAUUCGAGGAAUAGGUCUGUGGCCAGUGAUGGGAAUCUUUUGAGGCCUGCAUUGUUACCCAUGCUUACUGGAGUUUGCGAUAACUCUUUGGAGUUGAAGUGGGUUGGUGUCAAGUUUUUCUCGUCUUCAGAUUCUUCCCAUUUGGUCCUUGCGAUGCCCGCCUUGUCCCCCACAAUGAGCCAAGGUAAUAUUGCAAAAUGGCGAAAAAAAGAAGGAGAUAAGAUUGAAGUCGGUGAUGUGCUAUGUGAAAUUGAGACUGAUAAAGCUACGCUUGAAUUUGAAAGUCUUGAAGAGGGAUUUCUGGCUAAGAUAUUGGUACCGGAUGGGUCAAAGGAUGUGCCUGUGGGACAACCAAUUGCAAUAACAGUUGAGGAUCCAAAUGAUAUCCAAAAUGUUCCUGCUUCGGUGGGGGCUGAGGUAGGAGCCAAGGAGAAAAAAUCUACCAACCAAGAAGUUAAUCAUGACGAGAGGACACCAGAAUCAACUUCCGCUAAAAUAAACACAUCAGAACUCCCUCCUCAUAUCCUUCUUGAAAUGCCAGCUUUGUCCCCAACAAUGAACCAAGGAAACAUUGCUAAAUGGAGGAAAAAAGAAGGAGACAAGAUAGAAGUGGGUGACAUAUUAUGUGAGAUAGAGACGGACAAAGCUACCCUUGAAUUUGAGACUCUUGAAGAGGGAUAUCUAGCUAAGAUAUUAACCCCAGAGGGUUCAAAAGAUGUGGCAGUGGGACAACCUAUUGCAAUAACAGUUGAAGAUGCAUCUGAUGUUGAAGCGGUAAAGAAUUCAGUCAGGAGCAGUUCUGCAAGCCAACAGGAGAAGACCACUCACCAUGACACUAGAAGUGAGGGUGGAGCACAGAAGACCAAUGCAAGAAGAAUUAGCCCAGCUGCAAAGUUGUUGAUCCUAGAACAUGGAUUGGAUGCAUCCACAUUGAAAGCAUCUGGUCCUUAUGGAACCCUCCUAAAAGGGGAUGUUCUUUCUGUUAUUAAGUCUGGAAAAAUAUCUCCGCAACUUGCAUCUAAGGAAAACGCACCAUCGUCUCAAAGUCAUCAACAGGUUGCUGCAUCACAAGACUCUAAGUCUCCUUUAAAGCAAUCGGAUGCUUUUGAAGAUUUGCCAAAUAGCCAAAUCCGUAAGAGAGAUGUUGAUUCUAAGGGGAAAAUAAUUCUACCAGAAAUGCUAUAUCAUAGUGAGUGUUAGGCUUUAAAGGGACAACAUGAGCAUAAACUAGGGA